AUGAAUAGUACAGCAUUAGAAAUUUGUCCUAGUAUUUUACAUUAUCAUAACGCAGUACAUAUAUCUUAUAUUGUUUGGCGUUCAUGUGGUCUUCUAUGUAUUAUAUUUGGUAUCCCUGGUCAUUUAUUUUCAAUUAUAAUUUUGUCAAAUAAAAAGAAUCGAAAAGAACCAACAUCAUUAUAUUUUCUAGCUAUUGCUUGUUGUGAAUUAAUUUUUCUACUUGCAUCAAUGUCUAUUGAUCGAAAUUUUAUUAUACUUUAUCCUACUCGUUAUCGUUUAAUAAUAACUCGACAACAUGUUUUAAAACGUAUAGUUUUAAUUUUUCUAAUAACAAUUCUUUUUAUGAUUCCACAUCAUUUUUAUUAUUACUAUAAUAAAAAUACAACGUUAUUUAUUUGUGAAUUUCAUAAAUUUAUUGAUCGAUGGAAAAUUCAUAUUUGGCCUUUUAUUCAUGCUAUAUUGUUCGUAUCAAUACCAUCAAUAAUAACAUGUAUAUCAUCAAUAAUGUUAUUGCAUAAUCGUCGUAAACAUCGACGACUAACUAAAAAUAUAUUAGGUGAAAAGGCACGUCGUAUAGAAAGAAAUUCUAUUUUAAUUGUAUUUAUUUCAUUAGCUUUAGCAUUUACGACAUUACCAAUUGUUAUAUUAGAAAUUUUUAUUGUACAUGAUCGAUUAUUUAAUCAUGAACUUUAUUGUUUAACAAGAUGGAAAACAUAUAAAAUUUUACUGAAUUGGUUUUUAACACUUGCAUCUUUUAGUUAUUCAUGUAAAUUUUAUAUUCGUCUUAUUAUAUCAAGAACAUUUCGAAAAGAAUUUCUACAAUUAUUAAAUUGUAUUCUUCGACGAAAAGAUAAAAUUAAUGAACAAAGUUUAAUGGCAUUGAAUAAACAAAAUAAAAUACGAACUACGGGUAUUUAA